AUGAAGUACUCUUUCGCUGCUUUGGCCUUUGCCGCAACUGGUGCAGUGGCCGCUUACAACAACGGCACCGUCUAUACGACCGAGAUCGUCACUGCUCUCACCACCUACUGCCCAGCUGCCACCGAGAUCACCCAAAAUGGCGUGACUUACACUAUCACUGAAGCCACUACUUUGACCAUCACCAACUGUCCCUGCACGGUCAUCAACCCAGUGAUCCCUACGCCAGUGAUCCCUGCGCCAGUGAAUCCUGCGCCAAUGAUUCCUGCACCAGUGAUUCCUGCGCCAGUGGCCCCUGUACCAGCUGGCCCAGCUGGCCCCUCCACCGUCCUCUACACAAGCUGCGAAUCUUCAGCCACCGCAACUACCGCACCCGUCUUGAAGAACAUCCCGGCCAAGGAGAGCACCUUCUACUCGAACCCCCUCACCGUCAUCCAGGCCACCGGUGCAUCCACGCCAACCGGCGCGACCCCCAGCCAGGCUCUUUUCACAGGCGCUGCUAACGCCAACAAAGUCGGCGUCAUGGUCGGUGCCGUUGCUGGUAUUGCUGCUUUGGCUCUGUAG